AUGACGUCCAUCAAGGAAAAGGAUGAGCAUGUCGCUCAUGUCGACGUUAAGCACUCCGAGGUUCUGGUCAACAAGGACCUCAUGAAUGAUGCGCUCGAUGGUGAGAACCGCGAGCAUCAGAUGGGCGUUUGGGACGCCGUCAAGAAGCACCCCUGGGCUUGCUUCUGGGCCUUCACUAUGUGUUUCACCAUCGUCAUGGAAUCUUUCGACAUGUUCCUCAACGGUAACUUCGUCGCUCUUAAAGCUUUCCAAGUGGAGUACGGCGUCAAGGUUGGAGAAGCCUGGGUUAUCCCCACUAAAUGGCAGAGUGCCCUCUUCCAAGCCGGUCAAUGCGGUGCUUUCGUGGGUGUCUUUAUGGCCGGUCCCAUCACCAACCGUUGGGGUUACCGUUGGACUACCAUUUUUGCGCUGAUUCUUAUGAACGCCACCAUUUUCGUUUCCUUCUUCGCCAACUCCCUUACCCUCCUGGUGGUUGGACAAGCUUUGGAAGGCGUGCCAUGGGGAUUCUUCAUUGCAAACUCACCAGCCUAUGCUAGUGAGAUUGUCCCCCUGUCCCUCCGUGGUGCCUGCACAGCUACUCUGCAAAUGAGUUGGUCCAUUGGUUCAAUUAUUGUCGCUGCUGCCACCUAUAGCUACAACAAGCGAGAUGACCAAUGGGCGUGGCGUGUGCCUCUUGCUCUGCAGUGGAUCUUCCCUACACCUCUUUUGAUCCUUAUUUUCCUCGCACCUGAAUCUCCCUGGUGGCUCAUCCGCCGAGGACGCAAGAAGGAAGCCCUCCGUUCCAUCGAGCGUCUCGGCGCUGAUUCGACCGAGCACGCCCAACAAUCCCUGGCCAUGAUCGAGCGAACAGUGGAGAUCGAAGCCCAGAUUGGCGGUACCCCAACCCUCCUCGACCUCCUCAAGGGAACCGACCUGCGCCGAACCACCAUUACCUGCUUGAUGUACGCAUCGCAGAACUUCGCCGGUAACCUAAUUGCCAACCAAGCGACCUUCUUCUUCGAACAAGCCGGAAUCUCCCACGACCGCUCUUUCCAACUAAAUCUAAUCAACUCAUGCCUCCAAUUUGUCGCCAACGCCAUCUCGUGGUUCUUCACCGCCUGGUUCGGCCGCCGGACAAUCUACCUAUGGGGCACAGCAACUAAUAUAACCCUCCUAAUCAUCCUGGGUAUCUGCGCCUCCGUCCCCCAGACCACCGCGACUAGCUACGCCCAAGCCGUCCUAGGAAUCCUCAUCUCCUUCGUCUUCGCUGGUACCCUCGGACCAAUUUCCUACACCAUUAUUUCCGAGACAUCGUCCGUGCGUCUGCGCGCGCUCAGCACGGCCGUUGGUCGUGCUGCGUACUACGUUGCUGAGAUUCCAAUGAUCUACCUGGCUUCGCAGAUGCUUAACACCACAGGCUGGAAUUUGGCCGGAAAGUGUGGUUAUGUUUGGGGAGGUACUGCCUGUGUCUGUUGGAUGAUGGCUUACUUCUUCUUGCCUGAGCUUAAGCAUCGCUCUUACCGUGAGAGUGAUAUCUUGUUCAACCGCAAGGUUCCUGCUAGGAAGUUCAAGAGUACCAUUAUUGAUGCUCGCGAUAACGAGUAA